AUGGCUGUCGGACCCGUUGGCUGCCGUGUCGAUACCGCCGAGGACUCCACUCGCCCUCAGUUCAUCCUUGCACCACUUCUUGACACCUACCGCUACAUCGUGUCAGUGGCCCAGAUGAUGAGCCUUAUUGCCAACCGUGCCCCCUCAUUGAUCCUUUUUGGCGGGAUCCAAACCGUUAUGUGGACGUGGGUCUGGAGCCAACAGGAGACAUCGAGACUUAUCUCCGGGCCCCUCCACUCUGCUAUCCCGAAGGGAUAUGUCGGACAAGCUCGCUUCCAGCGCCAUGCUCGCGGAACCUAUGCGUACGCAUAG